ACCGUGAGGAAGUACGAGCAUUUUGUGGAAAUAAUGGACAGGUUCCAAAGGGUUGCCUACGAACAGCUGCUUUCCACAUUGCGGGCCAGCGUCAGGGACAGCAAAGACGAGUGGAGCGUUUCGGCUGCAGAAGACGUUAACGCCUACUAUUCUGCCGAUAGCAAUGAAAUCGUCAUACCUGGAGGAAUACUUCAAGACCCCUUCUUCCAAGAAGGUCUCCCAUCGUACAUCAACCUAGGAGCAAUCGGUUCCAUAAUCGGUCACGAGAUAUCCCAUGGCUAUGACGACGAAGGCUCCCAGUACGAUGGCAAAGGAUGGCUCGUCGACUGGUGGAGUAAUGAGACUGAAGAAGAGUUCAACAAGAGGAAGGCAUGCUUCAUUCACCAGUACGGAAGCAUCGUCAAUCCAGUAACGAAAAGUCAGAUCCAUGGUGAGAAUACAGUAGGAGAAAACAUUGCUGACAAUGGAGGGGUUCGCCUCGCCUUUGCUACCCACGUCCGGCUUUCGGAGGAUGAUAACGUACAAGUCCUGCCAGGACUCGAAGAGUUCACGCCUGAACAGCUGUUCUUUAUUUCAUACGCACUGCUUUGGUGCAGGUCCACACGGCCGGAAAUUGGCGAUGAAGUGAUGUCUGAUGUUCACAGCCCCAACAGAUACCGAGUGAACAUUCCUCUCCGAAACAUGGAAGAAUUCGAAGCAGCGUUUCAGUGUAAGACAGGGGCACCGAUGCAGGCAGGCCCAAAGGACAGGUGUGUGCUGUGGUAGGGAACCGACCGUCGCCAUUGAGAAAAGGCAUUGAGAGGCACUGAAUCUAAAGCGCUCUGUGCAAUUCGGUGGACCACGUGAACAAGAUAGGCGUCUUGCUUUUUAGUGCAUUAACAACGACAGAGCCUUUUUUAUUGAGAAAUUAUUCAUCGAUGAACA